AUGUUCAUUAAUGUUUUUCCUUUUAUAAGUGAUUGCGUAAGACUGAAUCACGCGCUAGCUGGAUUACAGUCGUGGUGGUGGCAUGCUUGUAACGUAUCGCUUCACGCCGCAUGUUGCGCGCUGGUCACAAGAGCUUGUAUUACAAUAGCUCGUCUGCAACGUCCAUUUGCUGCGUUGGCGGCCCUAUUAUUUGCAGUGCAUCCCGUACACACUGAAGCGGUAGCUGGAGUGGUUGGGAGGGCAGAUGUCUUGGCGUGCAUAUUUUUUCUGUUAUCUCUUUUAGUCUACCAUAGAUCAACAAGCAGUAAGAAGUGCGUGUGGUUGAGCGUUGUUCUUGGAGCACUCAGUAUGCUCGCAAAAGAGACUGGCGUUACAGUGCUUCUUCUAAAUAUUGUCAUCGAUUUUUAUAGAUGUUGGCCGUUUGUAAAAAGGUCUUUUUACUCAAUGAAAAUCGAGAAGAAAUGCGCUGGUCUGUCAGUCCGAACAUUCAAAGUCUUAGUGUCCCUUGCAUUACUGGUAUAUCUCCGGUUGGCGUUACUGCAAGGAACAUGGCCGUCUUUUUCUCCUCAGGACAACCCUGCUGCUUUCCAUCCUAAUUUUCUUGUAAGGUUAAUGACCUUCAGCUACCUGGCAUUUUUGAACUGGUGGUUGCUUCUCUGUCCAUGGACACUAAGUCACGACUGGCAAAUGGGAUCAGUUCCGCUCAUCACCAGCGGCUGGGAUCCUAGAAAUUUACUCACAUGUGCAGCUUUUGUUGCGCUGUUGCUUCUGUGCUAUCGCUGUUGCGCCGAUAUCAUGAACCAUCGACAUACGCCUGCCAUUGUUGGAGUACUAUUACUUGUAAUUCCUUUUCUACCAGCCAGCAAUUUACUUCUAACUGUCGGAUUUGUCAUAGCUGAACGUAUUCUUUACACACCGAGCAUUGGCAGUGUGAUAAUAACGGCUUAUGGCGUUCAAUUAUUGUGGUACUCUAAGCCUGGCACUAAAUCAUUGCUGGUAGUUAGUUUAGCGGUGUUGGCUGCAAGUGGAGUAGCACGCACAUAUCGCAGAAAUGCUGAGUGGCAGGAUCGGGCAACACUAUUAAGGUCGGAUUUAGUGACUUUACCGCAAAAUGCCAAACUGCACUACAACUUUGCGAACUUUCUACGCGAGACGGAGCAGCAAGAAAAUGCUAUCAAACAUUACAAAGAAGCUUUGAGGUUAUGGCCGACGUAUUCAAGCGCUCACAAUAAUAUUGGCACUCUACUUAGUGGAUCAGAAAACGCAGAAUACCAUUUUCUGCAGGCAAUCAAGUUCAACAAGCACCACGCUAAUGCGCAUUACAAUCUUGGAAAGUUAUACAAAAAAAUUGGGCAAACAAAUGAAGCCAUCAAAAUGCUAGAAAAAUGCAUACUUCUUAGCCCUAAGUUCGUUCAAGCUCAAUUAGAACUUAUCUCACUGACACCAGAACCAGAAAAGCGAAAGAUGUUAUUGAGAUUAAUAGAACUGGAUCCAGAUAAUUGGGAAUUUAAUGUUUUAUAUGGAAAUUGGCUGAAAGAAAAAGGGCUUGCUGGACCUGCAUCCAAGUUCUACCUUGAAGCAACAAGGCUUGCAUUCAAAAAACGAAAUAUCAAAACUUUAUUAAGGGGGGAUCUCAUUUCAUUUCGAUCUACUGCUUUGAUGUAUAGAAAACUGGGACAAAAAUCAAGGACUUUGCAACUUUUGAUCAGAUGGCAAACGUGGCGUAGAGGAUGGUCCAAUACGGCCGUUGUUCACUUGUACUUGAGAGAUUGGAGUCUCAAAAUGGAAUUGAAAGGUCGAGUUCAAAUCUACAGUAAAGCAGCCAAUCCAAUCAAAUCUACAACAUGCUUCGACCACUCACAGUUGAAUAUAGAUGUUGGACAAUCAAAGAAUAAAGAAGACCGUAAACUUAAGGAGUAUAAUUUUUAUAAUCAUGAUCUUAAAUCAAAAAGUGUGAAACAAGAAGAUAUAAACAAAAGUAAAAAAACUAGUGACCGCGCGUGUAAUAUAAAAAAGGUUAAAAUAGAAAAACAUAGCCUAUCAAUUUCCACUCAAAUCAAAGUUACUCAAAAUAAGUCCGAAAUCGAACUUAAAGGCAAAUAUUUUUCAAUGCACAGAAAACAAAAAAAUGCCAAGUACAAAAAUGUCAUUCCAAAGCACACAGCACAACAUUCAGAGCUUAUUAAAACGUUUUAG